AGGCGUCUCCAUCCGGGCCCCGAGAUGAGUGUGCUGCUUGAGGGGGCCAAGGCCUACUUGGGGUGCCCACCUCUCAGAAUUCGCUGGCUCCUCUGAAUUUUGACCAAGUCAGUCUUUGGGAUGACUGUCCAGUUGACAAGAAGGAAAGCUAAAUAAGCACUUGCCACCACCACCCAUCCUCGCCCCUUUCUUUUUGAAGAGAUCGUCAUUCAAGUUAUUAUGAUCUAAAGCCCUCCAAAUAAAACCCCACUUGGUUUUAAUUGACUGAAUACAAUUAUUAGAAUAUGGAAAAUGAGCCAGACACUGAAACUAUGGAACAGAGCCUUGGUGCCAAGACUACUGAAGAAGAGCUGAGUAAGUCAUUCAGCCUAGAAGCUUCGCUUUCAAAACUCUCCUACACGGAUUUGGACAAGGAAUUGGAGUUCACCAAUGAUCUGAUCGAUGACAAGGAGUUUGAUAUUCCUCAAGUUGAUACUCCCCCAACACUGGAAAGCAUAUUGAAUGAGACUGAUGAUGAAGAUGAGUCUUUUGUGCUGGAAGAUCCUACAUUGUUAAACAUCGACACUAUUGAUUCUCACUCCUACGAUACCUCCUCUGUGGCAAGCUCAGACAGUGGCGAUAGGACCAACCUAAAGAGGAAGAAGAAAUUACCUGAUAAUUUUUCUCUCCAUGGAUCAGUGAUGCGGCAUUCACUUCUGAAGGGAAUUUCUGCCCAGAUCGUGUCUGCAGCUGACAAAGUAGAUGCUGGCUUGCCUACAGCAAUUGCAGUGUCCAGUCUGAUAGCAGUCGGUACCUCCCAUGGAUUGGCUUUAAUAUUUGGAAAAGAUCAGAACCAGGCUUUGCGACUCUGUCUGGGGAGCACCAGUGUUGGGGGUCAGUACGGGGCCAUCUCCGCCCUCAGUAUCAACAGUGACUGCUCACGGCUGCUGUGUGGCUUUGCCAAAGGGCAGAUCACCAUGUGGGAUUUGGCUGGUGGAAAACUUCUCAGAUCAAUAACAGAUGCUCACCCUCCAGGAACAGCCAUCCUGCACAUCAAGUUUACAGAUGACCCAACUCUCGCAAUUUGCAACGACAGCGGAGGCUCUGUGUUUGAACUGACCUUUAAGAGAGUGAUGGGAGUGAGAACAUGUGAAUCUAGAUGCCUGUUCAGUGGCUCCAAGGGAGAAGUUUGCUGUAUCGAACCACUGCAUUCCAAGCCCGAGUUGAAAGACCAUCCCAUCACACAGUUUUCGUUACUGGCCAUGGCGUCUCUGACAAAGAUCCUGGUCAUUGGCUUGAAACCAACCUUGAAGGUGUGGAUGACUUUUCCCUAUGGACGGAUGGACCCUUCGAGCGUUCCCUUGCUGGCCUGGCACUUCGUGGCAGUCCACAACUCUGUGAACCCCAUGCUUGCCUUCUGCAGAGGCGAUGUGGUUCACUUCCUGCUGGUAAAGCGGGAUGAAUCAGGAGCGAUACAUGUUACUAAGCAAAAGCAUCUUCACCUGUACUAUGACCUUAUCAACUUCACCUGGAUAAACUCACGCACAGUGGUGCUCUUGGACAGUGUAGAGAAGUUGCAUGUGAUUGAUCGCCAAACUCAAGAGGAGCUGGAAACGGUGGAAAUCUCCGAAGUUCAGUUGGUCUACAACAGCAGCCACUUCAAGUCAUUAGCCACUGGAGGAAAUGUUAGCCAGGCGCUGGCUUUGGUUGGAGAGAAGGCUUGUUACCAAUCCAUCAGUAGCUAUGGUGGUCAGAUCUUUUAUUUGGGAACAAAAUCUGUGUAUGUGAUGAUGCUGAGGAGCUGGCGGGAGAGAGUGGAUCACCUGCUGAAACAGGACUGUCUCACGGAAGCCUUGGCUCUGGCCUGGUCUUUUCAUGAAGGAAAGGCAAAAGCAGUCGUGGGAUUGUCAGGAGAUGCCAGUAAGCGAAAGGCUGUGGCUGCAGAUCGGAUGGUCGCCAUCCUCUUCCACUACGCAGACCGGGCCCUGAGGAGGUGCCCCGAGCAGGGCAAAAUCCAAGUCAUGGAGCAGCAUUUUCAGGACACGGUGCCCACCAUCGUGGACUACUGCCUCCUGCUGCAGCGAAAGGAUCUUUUAUUUAGCCAGAUGUAUGACAAAUUAAGUGAGAAUUCGGUGGCCAAAGGAGUGUUUUUGGAGUGCCUCGAGCCCUAUAUUUUAAGUGAUAAAUUGGUGGGGAUCACCCCCCAGGUCAUGAAAGACUUGAUCAUUCAUUUCCAAGAUAAGAAGCUAAUGGAAAAUGUGGAAGCCCUAAUUGUACAUAUGGACAUCACCAGCCUAGAUAUUCAACAGGUAGUUCUCAUGUGCUGGGAGAACCGUCUCUAUGAUGCUAUGAUCUAUGUCUACAACAGAGGCAUGAAUGAGUUUAUUAGUCCAAUGGAGAAACUUUUCAGAGUCAUUGCACCUCCUCUGAACGCAGGAAAGACUCUAACAGAUGAGCACGUUGUUAUGGGCAACAAGCUUCUCGUGUAUAUUAGCUGUUGCCUCGCAGGGCGUGCCUACCCCCUUGGUGACAUCCCUGAAGAUCUUGUUCCCGUGGUCAAAAACCAGGUGUUUGAAUUUCUAAUUCGCCUGCAUUCAGCAGAAGCUUCCCCAGAGGAAGAGAUAUAUCCCUAUGUUCGGACUUUAUUACAUUUUGACACAAGAGAAUUUUUAAAUGUUUUGGCAUUGACUUUUGAAGAUUUUAAAAAUGACAAGCAAGCUGUGGAAUAUCAACAACGAAUUGUGGAUAUUUUGUUGAAAGUUAUGGUGGAGAAUUCAGACUUCACUCCCUCACAAGUAGGGUGUCUUUUUACAUUCCUUGCUCGUCAGCUUGCGAAACCUGACAACACACUUUUUGUAAACAGAACCCUUUUUGAUCAGGUCCUUGAAUUCCUCUGCAGUCCUGAUGAUGACUCCCGGCACUCUGAAAGACAGCAGGUGCUUUUAGAACUGCUGCACGCUGGAGGCACAGUUCAGUUUGAAGAGAGUCGACUGAUCCGCAUGGCAGAAAAAGCGGAGUUCUACCAAAUUUGUGAGUUUAUGUAUGAGCGAGACCACCAGUAUGACAAGAUUAUUGAUUGCUACUUACGUGACCCUCUGAGGGAGGAAGAAGUCUUUAAUUAUAUUCACAAUAUCCUAUCCAUUCCUGGACACAGUGCAGAGGAAAAGCAUUCUGUGUGGCAGAAAGCAAUGGAUCAUAUUGAGGAACUCGUGUCCCUGAGGCCCUGCAAAGCUGCAGAGCUGGUCGCCACCCACUUUUCCGGACAGAUUGAAGCAGUCAUUAAAAAACUGCAGAACCAGCUUUUGCUUUUCAAGUUUUUGAGGAGCCUUCUCGACCCAAGGGAAGGGGCUCCCGUGCACCCAGAACCGCUGCAGAUACCCCCCGGUGUCACCGAGCAGUUCAUCGAUCUGUUGUGCCAGUUCAGCCCACACCAGGUGAUAGAGACGCUGGAAGUCCUGGAGUGCUACCGCCUGGAAGAAACGAUUCAGAUAACCCAGAAGCAUCAAGUUCAUGAGGUCACGGCUUAUCUACUGGAGAAGAAAGGAGAUGUACAUGGUGCCUUCUUACUACUGCUGGAGAGGCUACGAAGUAAACUUCAAGAAAUUACACAUGAGGAGGAAAAUACGAGAGGGACACCCCCACUGAAGGAUGUGGAAGGGGCCUUGGUAGAGACCAUUGCUCUUUGCCAGAGAAACUCGCAUAAUCUGAACGAGCAGCAACGAGAGGCCCUCUGGUUCCCAUUGUUGGAGGCAGUGAUGGCCCCGCAGAAGCUCUCCAGCUCAGUUGCACCUCAUCCACACUCUGAAGCCCUGAAGUCUUUAACCAUGCAGGUUCUAAACAGUAUGGCAGCAUUCAUUGCCCUUCCAUCCAUCUUGCAAAGAAUCUUACAGGAUCCAGUUUAUGGAAGAGGAAAACUUGGAGAAAUCCAGGGACUUAUACUGGGAAUGCUGGAAACCUUUAACUAUGAACAAACCUUGCUGGAAACAACUACUAGCCUUCUCAACCAAGAUCUCCAUUGGUCACUCUGUAAUCUGAGAGCUUCCGUCACAAGAGGACUGAAUCCCAAGCAGGAUUAUUGCUCCGUAUGUUUGCAGCAGUACAAGAGACGCCAAGAAAUGGCUGAUGAAAUUAUUGUCUUUAGCUGUGGCCAUUUGUAUCACUCAUUUUGUCUGCAAAACAAAGAGUGUACCAUUGAAGUCGAGGGCCAAACAAGAUGGACAUGCUACAAAUGCAGCUCAAGCAACAAAGUAGGAAAACUAAGUGAAAAUUCAUCUGAACUGAAGAAGGGACGGAUAACCGCCUCACAGGUAAAAAUGUCUCCAUCCUACCAGCCAUCCAAAGGGGAACCUGUCGCCAAGGUACCCUCAGAACCAGUUCUGGAUCCACAGCAAAUUCAAGCAUUUGAUCAGCUUUGCCGCCUCUACCGAGGAGGCUCCAGGCUGGCCCUCCUGACCGAGCUCUCCCAGAACCGCAGCAGUGAGGCCUACAGGCCCUUCAGCGGCACCCACAGCAGCCCUGCUUUCCACAGCAUCUUCCACAACGAGAACUUCCAGCUGCACCUCAUCCCCCCUCCGGCCACCGAGGACUGAGCCGCCGGCCCUGAAGACGGCCCAUCGGAGCCCACUGGCAAGCAGGGUCUGCAGCAGCCUCUCCCACCCACUUGACCACUGACCGCUUGCUUUCCUCGCUGGGCAGAAAGAACGCCAGGGAUGAGCUCAGCCAUUGGGACGUUCUCCUGCCUCCCCCCAAGCCUGGGGCAGCUGGCACUCCACCCCCCACUUAUCAGCUGGGCCACAGGGUCUGUAAGACUCCCCCUCCCCCAGCUGGCACAGGUCUGUCAGACACACACACACACACACACACACACACACACACACAGUCAGCAGCACCCAGGGGCUUCAGCACCUGCCGCUCUUGGCCAGGGAGAACCCCUGGGCAGGGCAGGCACCCUUCUGGUCUGGCUGUGAAAGCCCAUGUGAAUCACCUUGCCCUUCCAAACAAUAAAUGGCUCUGCAGACCUGG